AUGGCCGAAUACAAAACUGCUGGUGGUAACGCAGCGUUCCACAACUACAUCAACGACUUCGCCCAUAUCACCGAUCCUCUUGAAAGAAGAAGACUGGCUCUGGAGAAGAUCGACAAUGCCAGCUUUGGAUGGUACCACGUGAGAGCGGUCAUGGUUGCCGGUGUUGGUUUCCUCACCGAUGCGUACGACAUCUUCGCCAUUAAUCUGGGCAUCUCCAUGAUGACCUAUGUUUAUUGGGGUGGCUCCAUGCCUGCUUCCACCAACACGCUUCUGAAAGUGUCCACCUCCGUGGGUACCGUUAUUGGACAGUUUGGAUUCGGAAUGCUUGCAGACCUGGUGGGAAGAAAGAAGAUCUACGGUUUAGAGCUGAUCAUCAUGAUCGUGGCUACCGUUUUGCAAUGUACCCUUGGCGAGUCCAAAGCCAUCUCCUUCCCAGCUAUUCUCACCUUCUACAGAAUCAUCCAGGGUAUCGGUAUCGGUGGUGACUAUCCGCUCAGUUCCAUCAUCACUUCCGAGUUCUCGACCACCAAAUGGAGAGGAGCCAUCAUGGGUGCUGUUUUCGCCAACCAGGGCUGGGGCCAGCUUCUGGCCGGUCUCGUGGCUCUUAUCUGCGUCGCUGCCUACAAGGAUGACCUGAUUGUCGCCGAGACGGCUUCCAGCUGCACGGGAAACUGUAUCAAGGCCUGCGACCAAAUGUGGAGAAUACUGAUUGGGUUCGGCUGUGUGCCCGGCAUGAUUGCGCUGUACUUCAGAUUGACCAUCCCAGAGUCCCCAAGAUUCACCUUCGACGUGUCCAGAGAGCUCGAAAAGGCCACCGCCGACAUUGCCAAGUUCACCUCUGGUAAGCACGGAGACGCAGACAGGGGUGACAUCGAGGUUCUUAAGGAGACCGAGCAGGCCUUGGGCGAGCAGGAGGAUUUGGGACCACCAAAGGCCACUGCCAGAGACUUCUUUAGCCACUUCGCCAAGUGGAAACACAUGAAAAUCCUCAUUGGUACCGCUGGUUCCUGGUUCAUGCUGGAUAUCGCAUACUACGGUUUGGGUCUCAACACUGCUUCCAUUUUGCAGACCAUUGGCUACGCAUCCUCCAAGAACGUCUACUACUCGCUUUACAACCAGGCUGCCGGUAACCUGAUUCUUAUUUGUGCUGGUGCCAUCCCAGGUUACUGGUUCUCCGUUGCCACCAUCGACACCAUUGGAAGAAAAAGCUUGCAAUUCGUUUCUUUCCUCAUUCUGACCGCCAUCUUCUGUGUUAUCGGAUUCGCCUACCACAAGCUCGGAGACAAGGGACUUCUUGCGCUCUACAUUCUCGCGCAGUUCUUCCAAAACUUCGGUCCAAACACCACCACCUUCAUUGUUCCUGGUGAGUGUUUCCCUACCAGAUACAGAUCUACCGCACACGGUAUUAGUGCUGCCGCAGGUAAGGUUGGUGCCAUCAUUGCGCAGACCUGUAUCGGCACCCUGCAAGACCACAACUGUGCCAAAGACGGCAAGGAGAAGAACUGUUGGCUGCCACACGUUAUGGAGAUAUUUGCUCUCUUCAUGCUGCUUGGUGCUGGUACCACCGUUCUUAUUCCUGAAACCAAGAGGAAGACUCUUGAGCAGCUCUCAGAGGAGCUCCAUGGUGAGGUUGACGUUUCGAAGCACCAUCUGAGAGUAAACUCCUCCGACGAGGACGGAGAAAAAAUUGUGUAA